AUGUCAGCUGAGUCUCCGGUGCGACCGUCGCGUCGAGCGACCCGUCGCCCUGUCGUUGUCGACGAGUCCGACGACGAACUGAGCCUCAUUCGCGAAGACAACGAUGAAGAGUUUACGCCUGCGCCAAAAAGGAGCAGCCCUCGAAAAUCCACGAGACGACAGACCACGGCCAACAUUAACGACUCGCCAAAGAAAUCGGCGAGAACACGUAAAGUGAAGACUGGUGAUGCAAUUGAACCAUCCCAAAUCUUUGAUCCAGAAGAGACAAUGGCUCCCAGCGAACCUGCUCAGCCUUCGUCGCCCACGAAACCCGCCUCGCCACGAAAGCGCAUGAGCACUGCUCCACGAAAAGGCAGAAGAUCCUCAGUAAUGCCUCCCGUGCCUUCGCUCCCAAUACCUGCACCUUCAAUGUCGCCCAUAAAAGCUGAGGCUACUCCGUUGAGUGAUGUUACUGCAAAUGCCUUGAAUAAGAAACCUUCACAAGCACUGUCACAAGAAAAGGAGACGCGUCCAGUCACUAUGAUGUUCGAAAAGCCAAUGGAUAUUGUCAUAAGAGCGCGAUCACAAGCGGUCCCACAGGUGGAAGAGUCCACUGGACCGACCUCAAGAAUGGUCAUCAGACAGCUUGUGAUGACUAAUUUCAAGAGUUAUGCUGGUCGACAGGUUGUCGGACCUUUUCACGCGUCCUUCUCUGCAGUCGUCGGCCCUAAUGGUUCUGGAAAGUCCAACGUCAUUGACUCUCUCUUGUUUGUCUUCGGCUUCCGAGCCAGUAAGAUGCGACAAGGUAAAAUUUCCGCCCUAAUUCACAACUCGGCCCAACAUCCAGACCUCGAUUUCUGUGAGGUUGAGGUUUACUUUCAAGAGAUCAUUGAUCUUCCUGGUGGAAAACAUGAAGUUGUCCCCGACUCACAACUUGUUGUUUCGAGAAGAGCCUUCAAGAAUAACUCCAGCAAUUACUACCUGAAUGGUAGAACUACGAAUUUCACAACAGUGACCACUCUGCUCAAAGACAAGGCCAUAGAUUUGGACCACAAGCGCUUCCUCAUUCUUCAAGGUGAGGUCGAAUCUAUCGCCCAAAUGAAACCUAAAGCAGCCAACGAGCAUGAUGAUGGGCUGCUUGAGUACCUGGAGGACAUUAUUGGCACAUCCAAAUACAAGACACCAAUUGAGGAAGCCGCGGGAGAGUUGGAAGCCCUGAAUGAAGUCUGCAUCGAAAAACAAGGUAGAGUCCAGCAUGUCGAGAAGGAAAAGAACGGGUUAGAAGACAAAAAGAACAAGGCAUUGGCAUUUAUUCGGGACGAGAACGAAUUGGCAGAAAAGCAAUCUGCUCUAUACCAGAUUUAUGUUGCUGAAUGUGAGGACAACAUCAAAGUCACUGAGGAGGCGAUCGGACAAAUUCAGGAUCAGCUAAACUCCGAACUCGAAAAGCAUGCCGGCAGCGAGGAUACCAUCAAAGAACUUGAGAAGGCAUACAACAAAGCAUUCAAGCAGUACGAACGCAUUGAAAAACAAGCGCAAGAGUUUACAAAGGAAUUGGCCAAGUACGAUAAGGAGAAUGUCAAAUUUGAGGAAAAGCGAAAAUUCAUCACCGGCAAACAGAAAAAGGCAGAAAAGACCGCGACCACAAGCAGGUUAGCUGCCUCCGAAGCUAGAAGUCUCGUCGAAAAGCACAAAGAAGACAUUGAGCAAAAGGGUGCAGAAGUGGCCGAACUCGAGAAAGAUAUGCAACGUGAGGAGCAGCAACUAGCUUCAAUCCGAGAAGCUCUCAAAGGCAAGACUCAAGGGUUUUCCGAUCAGAUUGCUGCGAAGCAGAAAUUGCUAGAGCCUUGGAACAAGAAGAUCGACCAAAAACAGUCGGCGAUCGCAGUCGCGAACUCUGAACUUGAAAUUCUGAAGGAGAAAGCCAAUAGCGGUCAGAAAGCGGUCGAUCAGGCCAACGCGAAGAUCGAGAGCAUCGAAUCUAGCAGAGAUGAAAAACUUGAAGAGAUUGAGCAACGCAAACAUGAGAAGCUUCGACUAGAGAAGGAUGUUAGAAAGAUCCAGGAUGCACUUCAAAAGCUUGCUGCUAGUGAACCUGAAGUGCGAUCGCAAAUCUCCUCCGCACGGCAGAAGGCAGAUGAUGCACGCGCUAGUCUAGCAGCAACACAGAACCAGGGAAAUGUGCUCAAGGGUCUCCUUCGACUGAAAGACUCCGGCCGAAUCGACGGGUUCCACGGACGACUUGGAAACCUGGGCACAAUCGAUGAGCAGUUCGAUGUUGCUGUCUCCACUGCUUGUCCAUCUCUCGAGAACAUGGUCGUCGAUAAUGUCGAGGUUGGACAACAAUGCAUUGAGUAUCUUCGCAAGAAUAAUUUGGGACGAGCCAAUUUCAUUCUACUUGACAAGCUAGCUCAGAGAGAUUUAUCACCUCUUCAGACCCCUGAGAAUGUCCCCCGACUAUUCGAUUUGAUCAAGCCUAAGGACCCGCGAUUCGCUCCCGCGUUCUACAGUGUAAUGCAGAAUACACUGGUUGCGAAUGACCUUGAGCAAGCAAACAGGAUCGCAUAUGGCGCAAAAAGGUGGCGGGUGGUCACCCUCGAUGGUCAAUUAAUCGAUGUCUCUGGUACGAUGAGUGGAGGCGGGACCCGUGUGGCCCGUGGAGCGAUGUCUUCAAAAUUGGUCGCCGAGACAACGAAUGAACAGGUUCAAAAGCUCGAAGCUGAUCGGAACCAGCUCGAGACACAAUUUCAGGCGUUCCAAGCCCGUCAACGAGAAUUGGAAACAAGUCUCCAAGAGAAGCAAGAAGAAAUCCCACGUCUAGAAACAACAAUCCAAAAGAUCAACCUAGAGGUGGAAAAUUGCACAAAAAAUCUUGCCGAUGCAGAGAAACGUGUUCAAGAUCUUGUCGCCGAGCUUGCCUCAACAUCUGCCGACGAUACUCAGAUCAAAGCUUUGGACAAGCAAAUCGCCUCAUUGAACAAGGAGCUCGGCAAUCUACACUCGGAGACAGCCAGUGUAGAAUCAGAAAUCCAGGCAUUGCAAAACAAGAUCAUGGAAGCUGGUGGCAUGCAGCUCCGUAGCCAAAAAGCCAGAGUGGAUGGCUUGAAGGAAAGAAUCGACUUGUUAAACGAGGACAUAUCUAAUGCUGAGGUCGCGAAGACCAAGAACGAAAAGCUCACUGAUAAGCAAGAAAAAGCUAAGGCAGGUGCGGAAAAAGAGCUCGAGACUUUGUCCAUAGACUUGGAUAAGCUCGAAAGUGAUGUUGAAGCCCAUAAAGCUGAGGCGUCCGAGGCAAGAAUCCGUGCUGAGCAAGCUCAAGAGGAGCAGUCAAAUCAAAAGGAAGAGCUGGCAGCGUUGAAGAAGAAUCUUGACUCACAGACCGCUGAGUUGAAUUCAACCAGAGCACAGGAGAUCGAAAUGCGAAACAAGCUUGAGGAGAACCAGAAAAUUCUAGCUGAAAACAACGGCAAGAGCCAACAUUGGGCCGAGAAGCUGUCCAAGCUGUCCCUACACGAUAUUGCAGAUCUGGAAGGACCCAGUCCUAGCGAAGAACAACAGCAAGACGAAGAGGAAGAAAUGCCCGAUGCUCCCCCUGAGACUGAGGCCGAUCCAGAUGCUAUGGAUGUCGACGAGCAGGACGAGCAGGAGCCCGAUGUAACUUCACAGCCCGAGUCCCAGGAAAAGCAUACGCGUCGUCAACUGCAAACAUUCACACGUGAUGAGCUACUUGACAAAUCCAAAAAUCAUCUAAUUGCGUCGAUCGCGGCGUUGGAAGAAAAGAUUUCCAAUGCCUCGAGCAUAGAUCUUGCCGUCAUUGCGGAAUACCGACGUCGCUGCGAUGAAGUGGCCACACGUACUUCUGAUCUAAAGAUGGCCGUCAAGUCUCGUGACGGAGCGAAAACUCGGCUUACAGACCUGCGUAACCUGCGUCUCACACAAUUCAUGACCGGGUUUACAACGAUCUCCUCCCACCUCAAAUCGAUGUACCAACUAAUAACCUUGGGAGGUAAUGCAGAGCUCGAGUUGGUGGAUAGCCUUGACCCCUUCUCCGAGGGGAUAUUAUUCAGUGUGAUGCCACCAAAGAAAAGCUGGAAGAACAUUGGAAAUCUUUCUGGAGGAGAAAAGACCCUAAGUUCCCUUGCGCUCGUUUUCGCGCUCCAUGUCUAUCGUCCAACACCACUCUAUGUCAUGGACGAAAUAGAUGCGGCGUUAGAUUUCAGAAACGUUUCAAUUGUAGCAGGCUACAUCAAGGAACGCACCAAGAACGCACAAUUCAUUGUCAUUAGUCUGCGGAACAACAUGUUCGAACUCGCCGAGCGGCUGGUCGGUAUCUAUAAAGUCAACCACAUGACCAAGAGUGUCACAGUGGAAAAUCGUGAUUAUCUCGCAAUGGGACGGCAGGGACAGAUGACCGCACAACAGCAGCAGCAGCAGCAGCAGCAGCAACGUCCCCAAAGUCAAAGUCAGAAUAACGUCCCAGGACCCAGCUUGGUUGUGAAUGCGUAA